AUGAGUGAACCAGUGAUUGACAGGAAGGAGAACGGAGAGAUUCUCAGCAAGGAGCCGGAUCAGUACUGUGAAGUACGCCUGACUUUGUCUAAACCGUUGCCUGUGAAGAACCGAACUGCAAGACCAUUUGGGACUCGACUGCUGGCUGCAGCUCAGGCGCCAACAGAGAAGAGUCCUGUGGCUGAGUUUCCUCCUCCACCCACUUAUGCAGAGACGGUUUCCAGCCCUCCGCCAGUAACUAGGGUCAGGUCACCUCCGGCCUACUCAGCGCUGUAUCCUACUGAAGAACAGAAAGCUCCUGUUCCCCAUGAGGCUACUUAUGUAAACAGCAGACCAGGACCUCUUCCUGGAGGAGAGGAUAGGGAGUCACCAGCAACCAAAACAGGCCUUCUGGAGGAGUCUGUAGCCCGCAGAGCAACAAAGAAGUCCAUGUUCACCUUUGUUGAGAAGCCCAAAGUGGCUCCUAAUCCAGAUCUCUUGAAUUUAGUCCAGAGAGCAGAUAACAGGAAAAAGGGGAGAGGACAAGGAGGAGCAUCCAGUCUGGAAGAGGAGCCAUUUGCUCUGGGCGCGGAGGCCUCUAACUUUCUGCCCGAAAACAGAUCAAUAGAAGGACCAGCCCAGGCUCCUGCAGAUACCCCAGAGUGGUCUUCGUGUUUAAGGUCACCAAGAAUACAACCCAAGCCGAUGAUCAAAUCCAACCAAAGCCUAUCUGAGGCGAGAGGAAAGGGGGCAGAACUAUUUGCCAGAAGGCAGUCGAGGAUGCAGAAGUAUGUCAUUGAGUCUCCACCGCACCCAGACAUAGGCAGGUCACCUUCCCCUACCAUGUCCCUCCCUCCCUCCUGGAAAUACGCUUCAGAACAUCUCUCCCCAGUCACAUUCCAGGCCCCUCCCAAAAGUCCAGCCAGAUCUCCCAAAGCUCCUCCUCUGCCUUUGUACAACAGCAACAUGUCGGAGAGUGAGAUUCCAAAAAGGCUGGAGAUCUCCAAGCAGCAGCCUUACCAGCUUCAGUCGUCCUUGUUCAUCCUUUCCCCAGCCAAAGACCCCGUGAGGUCCUUACCAAAAGGGGCACCGCCGCCCAAGCCUGUGGUUGCUGAGUCCAUGUAUAUGAGACAGGCCUCUUGCCCAACAUCUCCCUUGCCUCCUUCUCCUGUUUUUCAUCCACUUGCCCAGUUCAGCCAGGGCAGACCAUAUCCUGCUCCUUUCGCCCCAUCACCCGGGACUGCGCUUGCCCCUCAGAAUGUCCAAACAAGCAUGGAAGCAUCGCAGGAGCCACCUUUUGAAUACCCUUCGAGAAUUUUGUCACCGAGAGCAAAAGGAGUCUUCCAAGCUCCAAGGCCUUCUUAUUCCACCAAGAAUGCUGGAAUUGAGCCUCAGGAAAGAAAGAUGUCCCUCCCUGCUUCCCCGACUUGGACUCCCCGGCUGCUUCGCAGACCACCUAGCAGUUUAGACGGCUGGGUGAGCCCAGCCCAAACUCCAGAGCCUGAGGAAGGGCUUAUAGAGGCCUUUCGAGUAGCCAGUGUCAUGACCCCGCCUCCUCCACCCAUGUCUCCAUCCUGGAGCGAAAGAUCUGUGUCCCCAUUUCGGCAGGAGGCCGACCCCAAGUCCAGCCGGCAAAUGCAGGUGCUGCUGGCCAGAAACAUCAUCAACGCUGCCAAGAGGAAGAGCUCUUCUCCCAAAGCUGUGGCCAUAGAGAGCUUCAGGCCCUUCACUCCUCCUGCCACUCCCUCAGGUGGAAGUCCUAAGAGUGUGGGCAACCAUUCCCCAAGCCCACUGCCAUCUCCCAGGCCAACGAGGGCGGACGGAUACAGGCGUGUCUCUCUCCCUGUCUCCACUGCACCGCCGCAUGCCAGUGCGUCUUCAAACAACAGUCCCAGGUUGCUAGGCAGCCAGUCUCCGACCUACAAGAGCCCACUGCAGUCUCCCAAAGCAGUGCGGAUGAAUGGGAACAAGUAUUUCACCAUGCCUGCCAGCACUGGGGCAUCCCUCUGCCACGCAGCAGCAUCCAACAAUGGCAUGAGAACAGCAGGGCACCCAUUCUGUGGCCCAGUCUCCGAAACCCUCCAUCGUGGAGAGUCACAGGAUCUUCACACCCCCGGAAGCACAAACCAGGAAAUCAUCUUGUCCCAGCCCUAAGAAUGUGGGCACCUGCUCACCCACCAUCAAAAGCCCUUUGCAGUCUCCCAUGGUAGGGAGUCCGUUCUCCGCUGAAGCGCUUCACCUCCCUGUCACCCACCAACUCAGACAUAUCCCUCGACUCGGAAGACUCUGGGAUCAAGUCGCCCAGCAUCCGCAGCUUCAACAUUUGUCCCCGGGGCUGGAAUGGAAGCCUGAGGCUGAAGCGGGGAAGCCUCCCUGCAAGAAGCCCCCUGUACCUCCUAAACCUAGGAUAGCAGAUGAGAAGGAGAAACGACUUGCAAAGUUGCCUGUUGCCAAAAUAUUAUGCAGUCCUACUACAGCCACUUAAUCCUACCCAUCUCAUUAAGCAUCAGGAGGAAGGAGCUGGGCCUGCACAGAUGUAACCCCUUCCUAACAAGCCUGCUCCUUUCUGGGGGUUUAGAAGAAUGGAUCAGAGCCCAUUUGUUUGUGGGGAAGACCUUUCAGAUCAGAGGUGCUCUCAACCGAGGGAAACACCAACAAUCUAGAUCUCCAUGGGCUCCAUCCUCACAGCAUUUGCCUGCUUUUUUGGCAUUCAUCUGUCUCUGCUAGACUGGAGCCACUAGUGACUUCCUCGCUCAGGGGAGUCUAAUGAGGCUUUGGCUGCUUUUGUUGUCACACAGUAACAUCCUGUGGGAUGAGGACAAUUGUACACACACAGCCUGCAGCAUAAUCCCCGGCAGACUGUCAACACGAGAGAACAGGAGAGGCCUGCCAACAGCUUUGUUUGCUUCCAUAUGAUAGCUGUUAUUGGCUUUCCCCCUCUAUUCUGACGGUGUCCGCUAGUCUGCCCUCACACCAGGGGGCUGAACAUGAAGGUGAGGCAUGGCCAAGAAUCCCACCCAGCAGUUACCCCUGGUGGCUGAUCUGUGCAAUGUAGCUUUAGCUCCAAGAGAAGGCCUGGCUUACACAAGCCCUGUGUAUCCAAAGAAGUUAGCCUCGUAGAGUUCUUCUCUCUAGGGUGCUGGAAAUCCACACUGGGGAUAUGACCCAAGCAAUCCUGUAUCCUGGGGUGGAGGUGUAGAUAUUCCACCACAACACAGGUGGAGUGGCUGCUCAGGUCCAGAAGCCAGAGGCGAAACACUCAACGUAAAAAUGACAUCCCUGCAGCCAAUGUCCAGAAAGUUAUCUAGGUCCCAAAAUCUAUAAAUGGCUGGAACAUUUCCUACAGAAAAAUAAUUAUUAGCCAAGCGUUACAAGAGAGCAUGAUGAAGACCACUUUUCUUCAGCAAUACUAUAUCAAGGUUAAUGCGCCCUAAGUUGGUCCCCUGGCAUACACCCUCUUUGUUGGGGGGCGGGGGCCCUAAGCAUUUGCUAUAAAGGUUGUUCUGAUGAGGAUCUGUGUGCCUGGAGGGUAUUUCCUGUGGGAGGCCUGAGACACUCUGAGUAGUGCAAAGUAUGACUCCGGUAAGACUGCAGAUCUCCUGAAGGGGUUGGAAGAGAGGCAGGGCUGACCUAGGACUUG